AUUGCUCUGUGUCAAUUCACGUCUAAAAGUGGGAUAGGCACAGUGAAGAUCGAAACGCCCUCCUCUGUAAACAGAUAACAAAGUGAGCCUCUUGAUUUAUGUAGCUACAGAACCAGCCCGUACAAUUUUCACGGUGUUUCCACUUCUGACGUUACGUUGGCUCACGAGAGUAUAGAUCAACGGUAUUCAGAAAAUCAGCAAGGUGGGGGAGCGGUUUUGCCAUUAAGUCACGUCUGCAUCACGCUUCAAAGGCGUAGGUACUCUAUGGCUAACUGCAACAGCAGAGCGUCCACUCGGAGGCCGGCUCAGUCUCCACCCCUUAUCGAAGCGAGCAAUCAGAAGAGGAGAGAGCUUUAAGGAAGUGGGGGGAGGGUAGCACAGUCGCGUCUUCUUCCGGUGUUGUAUUGUAGAGCGCAGGCGGAUCUGCGUCUCUGAGAGAGGGGGAAGGGGGGCUCACGCGAGGCUGUCAUGGCGACUAAUAUCGAGCAAAUUUUUCGGUCUUUUGUCGUGACCAAGUUCCGGGAGAUCCAGGAGCAGCAAUUCGGCAGUGGAAAGUUAGGAAGUCAACACAAUGGUGAAAUAAACUCAUCUGAGCAAGUAAACCCUUCAGAUGAUACAAUUACAACUAUUGGGAAUCUUCAGAAUGAUCCACUAGUGCAAAAGAUAGAGCAAGUAUUAUCAGAAGUGUUGGGUGCAGAGCCACAGUACAAAUCAGAUGGCGGAGAGGAUACAGUGAGAAAUAAAUCCCGGUCUACUAAAAGAGGCUUAUCAGAAGAAGUGCAAGAUGAAAUUCCAAGGAAAAAGUCUAAGAAAGAUAAGAAACACAAAGAUAAGAAGAAGAAGAAAAGGAAGAAGGAUAAAAAAGAAAAAAAAUAUAAAAAACAGCCCAAGGAAUCAAAAUUAAAUGAGCAGCAUGACGUAUGUGGAGAUACUCAGUCCAUUUCUCAUUCAAAACCAGAAAAGUCAAGCUCUGUACUGAGUGCAGAAGAUGCAGAUAUACAGUCUGGACCUUCCUCAAAACAGGCUUCAGAAUGGCUUAUGGAAAAAACGGAAGAUGAAAACCUAAAUUUGGCCAUGUCAAAUUCACAUAAUGCAAAUAAUUCAGAGAAUAGCAAACUGAAUACAUCCGAAAAAGAUUCUGCUUUAACCAAUAUUCAGGAGCUAAGUGAACAUGAACUUACAAAUGAGAGAGAAUUUGAAAAUAACACCUAUCAAUCUACCAACCUAGUUUGGAAUUUGUGCACAGAUAAUGAAUCUUUAAAUAUUGCUGAUGCUGAAAGUGGAGUAGGUAGUAUAAAAGAAAAUGAACAACAAGAAGCUAGUUUGACAUUGGAGACAACAGAAGAAGUAAAUGUUCCUGAAAGCAGUCCAAAGUCUGCAGCAGCACAGUUGGAAUAUUUGGAAACCAGUUUGGAAUCUGACACAACAGAGGUAAAAGAGUUGGACUCCAUUUCAGAAUCUUUAAAUCCAGAAAGCAUGGAACAAUCCAUAUCAACUUCAUUUGAAGCUAGUGAAAUUAUAUUUAAUAAUCUCACCUCAGAGACAGCUGCAGAAGCCAAAGAUUCAGUGACAACUCUGGGAUUUUUGGCUAUGGUGGUAGGGAAAGAUUUUGAAGCAACCUCAGAAUUCUUGAAUACAGCAAAAGUGAAAGCUUCUGAAACAAGCCCAAAGCAUGCUGCCAUUACUGAUAUGAAAGAUUAUUUAGUGCAUGACUCUGAGAGAAUUAUCACAAUGAAAGAUUUGCCAAUAAUUCAACAGUUUGAGUCUACAGUAGAGUUGAAAGACUUGGAAGCAACUUCAGAAUCUCUGCAUGCAACUUCUGAAAAAGAUUUUCAACCAGCUCCAGUAACUAAAUCAAAGCAUCAGCAGGAAGUUUCAAAAAUUACAGAAUUGGAUGCACUAAAAUGCAUGGCAACACCUCUUGAUGUUGAGACAAUGGCAGGUAUGAGAGAAUUGGGAGCAAUUCAGACUUCGGCAUUUAAAGAUGCAGAAAAAUAUCCAGGACCUCUGCAAACCAUAGCAGAUGCAAAGGAUGCACCAGAAAUGUUGGAGGACAGGAAUAACACAGAUCCAGGAUUAUCUUGUUCAGCUGUAGUAGUAAAAGUGAGCACUGUGGAAGCUGCUUCAGAAUUUGUGGAGAUUGGCAUGAGACAUUUAAAAGCAAAUUCUGAAUGUAUAACAGAAAUAGAAAAUUGGAAUAUUGUUCCAGAGCCUCCUAGAAUGAAGGGUGUGAGGAAUCUAGAUAGUUCUCCAGAAUUUGAGGGAGAUGGCCAAGUGAGUUAUUUGGAAACCUCUUUAGAAAAUGUAGUACAGAAGAGAGGAGAUUCAGAAAUUAUUGAAGAUUCUGAGGCAAUGAUUGAUGUGCAAGUUCCUGAAAGCAUUUCACAAUCUGAAACCAUUCUAAAGAUUAAUGAUUUAGAAAUUACUCCAGAAACUCAAGACUUUGUAAAAACACAGUAUCUGGAAGCGUCAAAAUAUGUAAGUGAAAGAGAAAGUAAGGCUGUGGUGAAUCUAAAGGAUUUCAGAAAAAUUCCAGAAUCAUUAACGACUGGGGAAAAAUUAGAAAGUGUUUCAGAAUCUGAAAACAAAAAAGAAAUAAAAAAUGUGGAAGACAUUUUGCAGUUUGAUGUGGUGACACAGGGAAAAUGUUUAGAAACUAGUCUAGAGACUGAAGAAGAACAACAGGAGGGAGAGAUGGAUGCUACUUCAGAGUCGCUGCAUAUGAUAUUUACAAACUAUUCAGAACACAGCCUAGAACUUUAUACAGAACCUGAGACUAUGAUGGAGUUGAAAAGUUCGGGAACUGUUCCUGAGUCGCACAUGGUGGAUACUAACAGUUUUGAAGCACUGCAUACUAGAGAAAUCAAAGACUUUAAAACAGUGGAAUCUAAAACAAUGGUUGGGUUGAAUGAUUUACACAAAAAAUUAGAGCCUCUGGACAGAGAUGUGAACAAUAUGGAAUUAACAUCUAAGUCAAUGCCAACUGUAAAAUAUUCUGAGACGCUUGUAACAUCUGAAGCUGCGGCCAACAAAAACAUUGAAACUGAGUCUCAUGCUGUGCCUCGAAUAGAGGAGAAGGCUUCUGGUGCUAUUGCAUACAUGGAAAAGGAUCAGAAUGGUGCUGAGGCAACAGAUUUGGAAACUUUGCCAAGAUCUCAGAAAGUAACCAAAGAAGUCUCUGUAGGCAUAUCUGAAAAUGAGCUGUGUGCUGAGAGUGGAGGCCCAUUAUUCAUGUCAAAAUCUUUGCAAGAAAUUGAUAAAAUAAGUUCCAAAGGAAUAGAACUGGAGGAAGUAGCAGUGAUAAAAGGGUUAAAAGAAACAGCUCUAGUGGAUAUGGGCAGUAGUAAGGAAUCCUUAGCAUUGAAGAGUUCAGCAUCAGUUGAUUCAAAAAGUGAUUCCAAAUUCAUGAAUACUGUAAGACAUUUUGAAUCAAUUCCUGAAUCUCCUGCAGAACAAAAUCUAGAACAAUUCCAGUGUGUGAAGACAAAAGUCAGGGAAGUAAAUUUGGAUUCUCUCUAUUAUUUGGAAGUUAAAUAUGCAGGAACAAGUCCAGAAUUUCUGUUUUCAGAAGAAGUAAGUAAUCAGGUAGAGAAACAGAAAUUGAAAGAAAGGACAGAAACAAGAUUGAUAGUUCCAGAAUCUCCAUGUGUAUCAGAGACAGAGAUGAUUAUAGUUCCAGAAUCUGAUGAGAUUAGCAAGGUAAUAGAUUCAGAACACGGUCCAGAAUCUCUGUAUGUGGCAGAAACAAAUGUAAAGACUGUCCUAAAACCUAUGUCAGAAUCUAAAAUCGUAGAUGUAAAAGACCUGGAAACUGAUUUAGAAUCUACUGUCCAAGCAGCUAUAGAAAUUGCAGAUGAUCCUCCAAAAUGUGAAUUGGUUGUAGGAUCAGAGAUUUUGGAAAUUGCGUCAGAACCUACCUGCCAAAAUAAAAUGCUCUUAGAAUCACAGUGUGUGCCAUUAUUGCAAGAGUCAGAUGCAGAAUUCAGAAGUGAAUUAGUCACAGUUACGGAUUUGGAAGCAGAUUCAGAAACAAUAUGUGUGAUUGAAAUUGAAAAUUUGGAAGUACCUCCACAAUGUGAAGAUUUGGAAGUAGUAAAAAAACCUGAUGUGCCUCCAGCACCUCUGUUUGCACUAGACAUGAAAGAUAUAAAAGCAACAUCUACCUUUGUCCAUGCACCGGAGGAUAAAGUGUUAAAAACAAUUGAAACUGUAGUGGAUAUAGAAACAUUAAAAAUGUCAAAGUCUGAGGAUAUAUUGGAAGAAACUUUUGAACCUAGUUGCAUAACUGAUGUGAAAGAUUUAUUAACAAGUCAGAAGAUGGAAAAACAUCUAGAAUUUUUGGACAAAAGCGAGAUUAAUAAUGUACGCACACGAUCUUCUUAUGAAGUUGAUGUGAAUGGUUCAGAAACAUUUCAGGGAUGUAAACCAAUUCUAGGUGCACAAAUUUCAAAAAGCAUGUUGUCAACUGCAGACAAAACAGAAGAGAAGGAUUUUGGAAGAGAGCUAAAAUCAGAUGCAGAAUUAGCAGUAAAAUAUUCUGAAUCAAUUUUUGAAACUGUUUCAGAAAGCAAGAAUAAUGACACAACUCUGCCAGUGUUUAUGUUGGAUGUCAAAGAUUUAGAAGCAAGCUCCAGUGUUUUAGAUGCAGGAGAAAUGAAAAAUUUAAAAAUGGCUAUGCAGUUCGAAACAACUUCUAAAUUGUGUGUUUUAGAGUUGAUGGAUUCAGAUAAAGCUCUAAAAUCUAUACCUGUUCCUGAAGUAGAAACAAAAGAUUUAGGAAAAGCAUUAAAUUAUGCAACAGUAUUGGAAGUAAAAGAUCCAGUAGCCUCUGCAGCACAGCUAAACACACCGGAAUUAAAAUCUUCAGAAUCAGUCCCUGUGUUAGAAGUAACUGACUCUGCAGACAUUCUAGAACUAGAAACUACUCCAACUUACCUAGGUGCAGCAGAUCCAAAGUCUUCUGGUACAAUUGCAGAUAUAGCAGCAUUAGAAAAAGUUGUCUCUCGGACACAAAGAAAAUCAGAAAGUACUUUGGAAGUGAAAUAUUUUGAAUCUGCUUCAGCAACUGAGGAUGUCCUAGAGCUGCAUAACUACAAAGCUACUUCAGAAUCUGAAAGUGUGAUGGAGGAGAAAGUUUCAAAAGCAACUCCAGCGGUUGUAAGUCUGGUCAAUAUGGAAGAUCUAGAAACUAUCCCAGUAUCUGCUCAGGAAAUAAAAUGUUUAGAAUCUCCUCCACAAUCUCUGUACACUGUGGAGACAAGUAAUUUGGAAGGAAAUCUCAUAUGUGAAGAAGUGCUGGAUAUUUCAGAAACUGUCCCACAGUUUUCAAGCAUCAUGGAAGUAAAAGAUUCAGGAGCCACAGUAUCAUCUCUGACUGCAGAAAUGGUAAACGAUUCAGAAAAAGAACUGGAAUUACAGUUACAUGUUGAUGAAACAUGUUCAGAAACAGCUUUAGAACGUACAGGGGAUGUCUAUGCAGAUUUGGAACCAGUCAGUUUAGUAGUGGAAAAGUACCCUAAACCUAUUGCAGAAAUGGCAUAUAUUGAAGAUGUCAAAAAUUCAGAGGCAAAUUCAGGAUUUAUGGAUAUAUUAGAGUUGAAAGAUACAGAAUCCUUUUUAAAAACUCAAAAUGCUCUAGAAUCUGUGCACUCAAAAGAACCAGAAGAUCUUGAAGCAAAUACUAAAAGUGAGUCUGUAGGGGAAGUGAAAGAGCUGCAAGUUGCCCAGACAACACUGGAAAAAGAGAAGCAAAUGGAUUUUGAAGAAAUUUCAAAAUCAAUGUUAGUUUUGGAGUGUCAGGAUUUGGAAAGAAAUUCAGCUUCUGUGGUGUUGUCAGAAGAAAAGACCUCUGAAGCAUCUUUGGAAUCUGCCCAUGCUCUGAGUGCAAAAGACUCUGUGCAGGCUCCUACAUAUAUGAAUGCAAAGGACAUAAACAUUUCAGAACAAAAUUCAAAAUAUAUGUGUAUGGCAGACAUGAAAGAUCUGGAAUCAACUGUAGAACAUAUGGUGGUAGCACAGGCUAAGAAUUCAGAAAUGAUUCCACAAUUCACUGUAGAGAUGAAAGAUUCCGAAACAACUUUAGAGACUUUGUGCAUGGCAAAGGAAAAAGAUGUAGAUGGAAUUCCACAAGUCUCUUUGAAGGACCAAAAUCUAAAGGGAACUCUAAAACCUGUUUGCAUAGUAGCAGAAGAAGAAAACUUGAAAUCAAGCCAACAGGUGUUGAAAGAUUCAGAAGCAGCUCUUGAACCUAUGCGUAUGGCAGAGGAGGAGGACUUAGAAGUACCUUUGCAAGAUUCUUCGAAGGAUCAGGAUUCAGAAGCACCUCCAAAGUCUUCAGAUAUAAUGAAGAAAAAGGAAGAAAAUGUUUUAAAAGACAAGAAAAGUGAAAAAACAAGCAGCAAAAGUAAAGAGAAAAGUAAGAGUGGGAAAAAAACAAAAAAGAGUAGGUCAAAAUCUCCUUCCAAAUCAAAAAAACGUAAAAAAAAGUCUAGAUCACGUUCCACCUCUAGACAGAUUACAUCAAGAAGAGCACGUUCUAGAAGUAAGAAUGAUUCUGGUUCCAGAAAAAAGCACUCUACCUCACGUCUUAAAUCCAGAUCAAAGUCCACUGACAAAAAAGAGAGCAAAGAAUCUUCAGUGAGGUCAAGACGGAGACGUUCUCAGACUUCUGAGCAUCCUAAAUCUAGAUCAAAAUCUGUUGACAAGAGAGAAACUUCAGUACGGUCAAGGCGAAGACGAUCCAGAUCUUCUGAUCAUCGUAAGUCUAGAUCUAGAUCAGUUGACAGAAGAGAAUCUGUCAGAAGAAGGCGAAGAUUGUCAAGGUCCUCUGAUAAUCACAAAUCUAGAUCUAGAUCAGUUGACAAAAGAGAUACUUUGAUAAGAUCAGGGCGAAGGCAGUCCAGAUCUUCUGAUCAUCGCAAAUCCAGAUCACGAUCAACUGACAAAAGAGAGACUUCAGUGAGGAGAAGGAGAAGGCGGUCUCGUUCCUCUGAUCGUAAAUCUAGAUCCAGAUCUCUUGACAGAAGAGAGUCUUCAGUAAGAACAAGAAGAAAGUCCAUAUCCUCUGAUCAUCAUAAGUCUAGAUCUAGAUCAGCUGAUGAAAAAAGAAAAACUUCAGUGAGAACAAGGCGGAGAUGGUCUAGGUCCCCUGAUACUCGCAAAUCUAGAUCAAGAUCAGUUGACAGAAGGGAAAUUUCAGUGAGGGCAAGGCGAAGGCGGUCUCGGUCCUCUGAUCAUAAAUCUAGAUCAAGAUCAGUUGACAAAUGGGAGAGUUCAGUGAGGGUAAGGCGAAGGCGGUCCCGAUCCUUUGAUAAUCGCAAAACUAGGUCCAGAUCUGUUGACAAAAGGGAGACUUCAAGGAUGAGGCGAAGGCGGUCCAGAUCUUCUGAUCACAAAUCUAGAUCUAAAUCUGUUGACAAAAGGGAGACUUCAUUGAGGAUGAGGCGAAGACGGUCUGUGUCCUCUGAUCGCAAAUCUAGAUCCAAAUCUGUUGAUAAAAGAGAGGCUUCAGUCAGGGCAAAAAGGAGACGUUCUAGGUCUUCUGAUAAUCGCAAAUCUAGAUCUAAAUCUGUUGAUAAGAGAGAGACAUCUGUUAGGGCAAAAAGAAGACGUUCCAGGUCUUCUGAUAAUCGCAAGUCUAGGUCCAAAUCUGUUGAAAACAUAGAAACAUCAUCAAGAUCAAAAAGGAGACGUUCCAAGUCUUCUGAAAACAAAUGUAGAACAACAUCUGCUGAAAAAGACGAGCCCUCUCUUAAAUCUAGACACAGGAGAUCUAAAUCAUCAGAUCGCCGGAUGUCUAAAUCAAAGUCCAGAUCCAAAUCAUCUGAAAGAAGAAAAGAUAAAGAUUCUUCAGGUGGGUCAGGAAGGAAAUGCUCCAAGUCUAGAUCAAAGUCCAAAUCUCUUGAAAAAAUAGAGGGAACUAAAUCUUUGGAAGCACCUAAUCACACAAAAUCUCCUGAAUACCACAAAUCUAAGUCUAGGUCUAAAUCUGUGGAAAAAACGGGAGAAAGAGAGAGUUUGCGAAGAUCAAGGAGUAAAGGCUCUAAGUCUUCUGAACCAUCUCACAGGCAUAGAACAGUAUCACGAUCUAGAAAAAAUCGUUCUCGAUCAGAAACACGGAAGAGGGCCUCAAGAUCAAAAUCUGUUCAUCUAACUCGAACACACUCCCGAACUCGGUCACGAUCAUGUUCAAGACGAUGGAGGAGAACUAGAUCAAGAUCAUUGUCAAGACAAAGAUCUUUAUCAAGGGAGAGGCGUAGGAGAUCUCGGAGAAACCGAUCGAGGUCUACUGAAAGGAGGAGGAGAAGAUCUGAUUCAAGAGAGAGUUACAGAAUACCCCUUAGAUUACGGUCCCGAAGUCGGACACCUGUCCGUCUGAGAUGCUCUAGGUCCACAGGGAGAAGGCGGAGCACCAGCAUAUCACCUGAUCAUCGAAGAUCCAGAACUUCAAGCAGGUCACCUAAACGUUUAACUGACUUGGACAAGGCACAGCUACUUGAAAUUGCCAAAGCAAAUGCAGCUGCCAUGUGUGCUAAGGCUGGAGUUCCUCUACCUCCAAGCCUGAUGCCCGUUAUUGUUCCAGAAAAGAAGGAAGAGAAGGUUACGCAAAAGUCAGCAAAAGAGACAAUAUUGGAACUCACUGAGAAAUGCAAGAAGAUUGCACAAAGCCAGGAAGAUGAUAUUAUUGUGAAUAAACCUCAUGUAUCUGACGAAGAGGAGGAAGAGCAUCCUUUUAUCAAUCAUCCCUUUAAACUCAGUGAGCCCAAACCUAUUUUCUUCAACUUAACUACUCCUACCAUAAAACCUGCAGCUCCGAAAAAUCAGGUUACUUUGACAAAGGAGUUUCCUGUCUCUUCUGGAUCUCAACACAGGAAAAAGGAAGCAGAUAGUGCAUAUGGAGAAUGGGUUCCAGUUGAGAAGAACAAGGAUGAGAACAAGGAUGAUGUUUUUCCCAACCCAGCCAAUCUGGAGCCUGUGGACAUCUCAUCAGCACUGAAUGAGCGGACAAUAGCCCAAAAGAGGCUUACAGAAAAUACAUUUGAUAUGGAAGCAAUGUGUUUGUUAAAUCGUGCACAGGAACGGAUUGAUGCCUGGGCUCAGCUGAAUUCUAUACCAGGCCAUUUUACAGGAAGCACCGGAGCACAGGUCUUGUCAUCUGAACAGUUAUCCAACAGCGGUCCCCAAGCUUGGAUUAAAAAGGUAUUCACCCUUGCAUCCAGGAUUGGGUAUUCUUGGAGUUUCCAUUUGUGUGGGCUUUUCUUGGCAUUGAAUGAAACUGAUACUUUAGACGCUCCCACAUGAGUGGGUCUUGCUUACAGUAACUUCCUUCAGUGGUAACGAAUCCUACUUUAUUAUACCGCACGUUCAUGCAUUUAUAUGAAUUCUUAGAACAGAACGAAACAGAAGGGUUUUCCCCAUAGUCGUAUUGUGAAUUGUGUCCAAAGGGAAAUGUGUUUUUGUCAGUUUGAACACUUGCUCAGUUUCCAGAUAUUUGCUAAGCUUUGUAAAACAGUCUAUAAACAUUAUACUAGCAUAUAAACUUGACAACCUGUUUUACUUUUAAAUGACUAAUAUGUUGGCAGUUGCCAUAUAUAAUUAACAAUUCCCCAAUCUAGAUAGUCAACUUAGUUCUUAGUUCUGAUGUGUCACUACCAUUAGAAAAUGUUCUGAAAUAGUUUAUGGGGCUUUAAAGGCUUACUUGGGUGCUAAAUACCUAGUUAAUAGAAUCAGCUGUGUUGGCUCUGCUGCACUUGACAAGAGGUUGUGAAGUGCAAUCUAGAGAAAGCAAGGCAUGCUGAAGUCCUAUUGAAAUCAAUAACACAUCAACCCACAAUUAAAUAUUUAACAGUGUGAACUUAUACAUCUGCUUAAAAGAAAGACCCAUGAGGUUCUGUGGGGCUUACUCAUAGAGGGGGGGGAUAGAACUGCAGCCUAUUUUUGAGGGAACUUCCCAUGUGAUGUCAUUUCAUUGUAAAAGUAUGGAUAAUUCCUGCAUAUAUCUGGUAUGUCUCAUCUUCAGGCUGACUAGGAAAGGGGUGUCAUUCUUACAGAAGUUCUUUUCAGAGUUGAGCUGCAUUCCAAAACCACUUUUAAAACUUGCCUAUUUUACUUGGUUUAAGAUUAAUGGGUUGCAUCCAGUUGCAUCCCUUUGAUCAGCAGAGGCUUCUGUGAAUGGAAGUGGGGAGGUAAUUCCCCCUGCACUCCCCUCCAAUCUACUUCAGAGGGUUGGGAGACCCUUGGGAACAGCAUAGGAGGUGGCAUGAAUAGCUACAGGAAAAAGGAGGGGCCUCGUCUGUUCAUGGAAGCCUCUACUGGAGCAAAGAGCAUUCCAUGGAUACAUAAUUGAAUGCACCCUUAAUUUUAUUCAAAUGUAUAUCUGACCUUUGUAAGCAAAAUACCUAUUAAAGAUUGUGCUCGUUUGCUUUUAAACCUGAAAAGGCUAUUUUUGUCUCAUCCACACCCCAAUAAUUUUGGAAUAUGUAAGAGAAAUUCCCACAACCUUCAAAUGACCUUGUCAAAAAGUUGGACUGUUGUCUUUGUGAACUGGAUACACAUUGGUGAUGAAACCGGCAUUGUUGAUGAACAUUCUAUCAUUACAAAGCAGGUACAAAAGAGGAGUCGGAGCCCUGGGUGACAUUGACUGGGGUUUGUAUCAUUCUCUGCAUGGUUGCCCUUUUCUAAUGAGAGGUUCCUGGAAAGGAGAGGGGAGGAUGAAAAUGGAAGUAAGUAAAAGCCAUUCUAGGCGUAUCAACUCAAAGCAGUUGGUAACUGGCAACAGCUAACUUGUCUCUGUGUACACAAACUGCAUGGCUUGCACCAGUCCAAACAUUUCAGUGAGAGGUAAUGUCUGCCUCAGUUCACCCUUUCCUUAUAUUGGAACAUCUUUUUCAAAGUAAUAUCCAAUUGCAUGAUUACAGGCAGCUGUCAAUUGCAUUAUAGGUAACUACUUAUGGAACUGAUAUUACACAUGUUCUGGAAGUUUCACAAUUUGGUUUCUUAACACCAGGAUAUGGGGAUUCAUAUUGCAUUGGGUGUGUGUCAUAAUUGUUUGUGAUGAAGAGCAAAUCGUAAGAAUGAUUGUGCACUCUUCAUUUGCUUUCACAAUCUAUUUUCAGUAAAUGAAAAUGAAUAAAAAGUAGACUGAAAGCAAAUAAAUACUUGAUGUGUAGGUUGAUACCAAAAGACUAAGCUUUGUGCCUUUAUAAAAGACAACAUCAGAAUAAUAUAUUUUGUUAAUGCUACCAAUGUAUAUUUUUAAUACUAGCCAUUUGUUGCAUUGGGUCAUUGGGUGGGGCAGAAAAGAGAGAUGAUAGUUCACAGAAUAACCUGUGAACUUUCACCCCUCUAUAUGGAAACUUGUUUCAGGGCCAAAUCUGCCUUGUAGCUGCCUUCUUGCCACGGUCAAUGCCAGCCCUACUAUUCACAACACUGCGGCCAUCGAGGCCUAG